AUGCAUCAUAUUCUAACAAUCACAUUCAUCUCCCUUUUCUGCCUCCUCCAAGCCGCAAUCCCGCAAAACCAGCUCCUCAAGGAAGACUACAAAGACCAGGAUUACGAGGGCAAAAAUGACGUCAUCGGGGUUAUACCCGGAAAGAUUCAAAAAAUUGACCAGAUUGACCCGUCCUUCUACGAAGACAUCGAGGCGAAAGAGGUUGAAGAGCUGCCCACACCGCCAAUGCUGUAUCCGAAGUUCAACGCCAAGCUCGAUUCGGUGAAGACGUCGCACCUGUUCGCCAAACUAAAGGGGCUGAACCGCCUUCCCGUCUCGUUUGAUGCCGUCGAAGAGUUGCCGAGCAGCUCGGAAAUCCUUGAA